UAUCCAAACCUUUCAUAAUGCAUCAAAAUAUUAGACAUUUUUACUUUAUCAUUAAUAAUUUUGUAACUCUUUUCUCAGUUAAAAUAUUAAAAUUUUGGAAUGUUGACCUUCAUGAGUCUCUUCCAAGUCAGUAUCAUGUAGCCAAGUCAAUAUUACUAACAAAAUUGCUAACUGUAAGUUAACACUUGGCUAAUUCUUAGUAUUUCCAUAGGUUUGGAUAAUAUAAAAGAAUCUAAAAAAGGUUUGGAUAAAAAAUAGACAUUAUCCUAUAAUAUAUGUCCCAAUUUGUUGGUUUCAAAAUAUAUCAAAGUUAACGUCAUUUUGAAGAAGAGAAUUAAUAUUAUUUUUUAUGAAAAAAUUGAAUUCCAAUUUAAACAAAAGAGCUAUAAUCUGUUAAAUUUAAUAUAUAUAUAUAUAUAUAUAUAUUUAUUUAUGGGUGAGACUGACGUACGUCAGGCGUAUACUAUACGUCGAGGAGGUUUUAUCACCUGGACCGCUAAUUGCCUUAGAAAGAGUGGAAUCAGAUCACAACCCGAUUGUCCUUCAAUAGGGUGAUCGUGAGUACUCCAAUCGGCCGUGGAAAUUUGAAAAUAUGUGGUUGGAAGAGCAAACCUUUCUUCAAAAGCUGGUUGGAUGGUGGAGUAUCCCGGUAAAUGGUUCAGGGCAUUUGUUCAGAUGUAGCCAGCGCUUAAGGAAUGCUAAGCAUCUCAUCAAGGAGUGGAAUGUGGAGUUCUUUGGAAAGACUGAUUCGAAGGUGGCUGAUUUGCUCGCAAGAAUUAAGGUAAUUGACAGGGUGGAGGAACAGGGCCCUAUUAUUGAUGUUCUUAAUAUUGUAAGAAGCAGAUUGAAAUGUGAACUAGAUAAAACGCUCUUGAUGGAGGAAAUUUCAUGGAGACAGAAAUCUCGUGCGCUAUGGAUCAGAGUGGGGGAUAAAAAUUCAGGCUUUUUCCAUCGCAUGGCAGUGAACCAUAGCAGAAGAAAUUGUGUUAGGAGUCUGAUGAUUGAAGGAAGAUUGGUGGAGGAUACAGGUAAGUUGAAAGAGGCCUUUGUCAACCAUUUCCGUGAAAGAUUUAUUGAGAAAGGCAAGAGCAGACCUUUCCCGGCUGAUUUCAAACUGGGGAUAAUUAGUGUUUAAGAGAGUUACCAGCUUACAACGCCAUUCACAGAAACAGAGGUUUGGGAUGCAAUACGCUCUUGUAAUGGUGAUAAAGCUCCCGGCCCGUAUGACUUUACGCUUUCUUUCUUUAAGAAGUCCAGGCACAUCAUCAAGCAAGAUAUCAUGAAGGCUCUUGAUGAGUUUUACUUAUCUGGAGUGCUCCCUCAUGCAGUAGCUCAUUCUUUUGUUUGCUUGAUCCCCAAGAAAGAGGCAGUGGAAGAGAUUAAAGACUUUUGGCCAAUCAGUCUCAUUGGUAGUUUAAAUAAGAUAAUUUCGAAGGUCGUCUUGGUGAGGUUGCACCUGGUUACAGAAAAGGCUGUCUCAAAGUUCCAGUUCGCAGGAAGGAAAAAGAAGCAAAUCCAUGAAGCCAGCUUGUUAGCGAAUGAGGCAAUUGACAGUAGAAAGAGGAGCAGAAAACCAGGAAUCAUCCUCAAGCUGGAUAUAGAAAAGGCUUUCGACUCUGUAAGCUGGGAUUGUUUGUUCAGAAUUUUGGACAACAUGGGGACGAAUGCAAAGCUGAAAAAAUGGAUUUCGGGGUUAGUUUCCUCAACAAGACUUUCGAUCCUCGUUAAUGGAGAGUCGAAUGGCUUUUCAAAAUGGAAAGGGGUCUUAAACAAGGGGAUCCGUCAUCCCCAUUCUUGUUCAGCCUUGUUAUGGAUAUUCUAUCUCGUAUAAUUCAGAGGAGGCUGGAUGCGGGUCUAAUCACAAGUUUCUUCUUCGAUGAAAGUGUCCAACGAUGUCAGAUUUCUCACUUAUUAUAUGCAGAUGAUACUAUUAUAUUUUGUGACGCUACUGAGAACGAGGUUUUUAAUGUGAUGGCUGCCUUGAUCUGUUUCGAAUGCAUCAUGGGACUCAAAAUCAACCUUAGCAAGAGUUUGAUGUACCCUGUGGGUGAAGUAGAGAACAUUGAUCGACUUGCUGGGAUCCUGGGGUGCGAUUGGAAUUUUCUUCAUACGGUCUAUCUCGGGCUGCCUCUUGGGGCGCAUCCUACCUCGACUUCAAUUUGGGAGCCCGUUCUUUUGAAGAUGCAAAGGAAACUAGAAGGUUGGCAAGGCAAAUACUUGUCCUUAGGGGGGAGAAUCACCCUCUGCAACGCAGUUCUUGCCAGCCAACCUUUAUAUCUAUGUUCCCUAUUUAAAGCGCCAGCCAACAUAAUUGCAAAGAUGGAAAGAAUACAGAAGGAAUUCAUAUGGUCAGGGUCGAGUCAGGAGAAGAAAAUGCAUUUGGUGGCUUGGGAGACUUAUAAGGUGCCAAAGAAGCUCGGUGGUCUGGGAAUUGCUGAUUUGGGAUCUCAUAAUGUCUCUCUUUUGGUUAAAUGGCUGUGGAGAUUUGCCAGGAAAGGAAUGAAUGAUGGAGGGAGCUGAUAAGCACUAAAUACCCUCACGAUGCAUCGGAAUGGAGGCCAGGGGAUCACAAAGGCUCGACGGGAUGCAGCCCGUGGUCACAAAUCAUGAAAACAGGGAAAGAGUUCUGGCGGUUUGCAAGGGUGGAAUCUGGGGAAGGAGCGUGGACUUCUCUAUGGUACGAUGUUUGGAUUCAGGGUCUUCCUGCUCUCGCUGAAGCCUUUCCAAGGGUAUUCGCCGCUGCCGUGUCACCAAGCUGUCGAGUUGCUGAUGUGCUGCAAGUUGGGAAGGGAAAUUUUUCUUGGGAUUUACCUCUUAAAUACACCUUGAGGGGAGGGGUUGAGAGGGAGAGAAUUAGCUUACUAAAUUUACUGCAAAGCAUACCCUUCACUUCGUUUGUUGCAGGCCCUUCGAGAAUAACUUGGGAGCCGUCCCCAAACGUUGGCUUUCAGGUGCAGUCGAUGUAUGAGAAGCUGGUUGCUGAGCGGGUCUCAAGAGAUGCUGAUUUUCCUGCUCGGACCAUUUGGCAGCAAGUUGUUCCACAUAAAGUUUGUGUUUUCAUGUGGAUCGUCUUCUGGAAGAGAAUACUAACUCAAGACCUUUUGCGGAAGAGGGGAUGGGUAGGGAUGGCAAAUUACCCACCCAUGGGUAAUUAUACCCAAACCCAAGUAGACCCAUUGAUAAUGUGUUGGGUAUGGGUGAAGUGCAUAUGGAUUUGGGGGUUUAUAGAUGGGUUUGGGUUUGGGUUUGGGGCUUCCAUAAUCUAAAUGGGUAUGGGUUGGAUAUGGAUAUCCAUUUACUUGAGGGUGUUUUAACUACACAUGCAAAAAUUGGACCUAUUUGCAAAACUUGAAAAGUUUAGGUACCAAAAUGUAAGACCAAAAAAAUUUAGGUACCAAAACGUAAUUUUCCAUCGAUAUUUUGAGGACUUAUAUGCAAAAAAAUUAAUUUUAGGUACUAAAUAUGCAUGUCUAUUAAGUUUGGGUAUCAAACUGUAAUUUGUAUUUGGGCAUGGGUACAAACCCAAAUCCAUUUGAUAUAAACCAAACUCAAUCCAAAGUAAAUGGGUAUGGGUACAAACCCAUCAAACUCUACCCAUAUCCAUCUAUUUGGAUUUCAUACCCAACCCAAUUGGGUUGGAUAGUAAGAAACCCAUGGGUAUGGGCAAAGUUGCCAUCCCUAGGGAUGGGCAAUUCCGAAGGUGGCAGCUGCAGGAUCCACGAUGCCCUGAACAGUGGUGCUCAAGAAUAUUUCUUCACGCUCUAUUCUUGAGGGUGUGGCUCGAAAGGAACAGAAGAAUCUUCAUAGAUGAGGAGGAAGAAAGCAACAUAGUGUGUUAUAGAAUUGGUCGCUCCAUUGCUGACUGGUUAAGCGCCAAUGAGAAGGUGGAAAGGACCAUUACAGAAGGUUGGAUGAGAACUGUAAAGCUGCGUCUUUUGCCAACAAGAGCUCCUCUCAGCGACCAGACCUUGCAUCCUUGAGUUUUUGAGGGUAUUUGAUGAGGCUCUGGUGUUCGGUUUGGGGUUCUCUUCUUCUUUUCUUCCCUUCCUUCUUGAGUUGGAUUUUUGCUGGGUAUGUUGGGUGGUUUUCUUGAGUUGGAACUCUGAUGCGAUUUCCCCCUGCUCGCCCUCUUGACUUUGUUCUCGGCAGGGCGCGUUUGCCUUUGCUCUCUUGUUUGUUUCUUUUCUGUUUUGUUUUUUUGUUGGGCGGCGUUUCUUGUCUCCCCUCUUUGUAAUUGUAAUUAUAAUUGAUUUCGCCAUUAACACAUAAAUUGAGUUUGGGGUA